GAUGUACACAGGGCGGCCUGCUGAGUCUGGGUGCAGCCCAGAAAACACUUAACGCCCAUAGUUGGUUGUCUGUUUUGUGGUUUUGUUAUGUAAUAUUGCAGGAAGGUAGAAGAGCUGGUUGUGGCAGGGGGUGUUUGGAUGGUUUAUACAGACUAUCAUCCUGUUCUCAUGUGGUACAACAAUAUAAAGCUUCUUUCUUGUGUACAUCUUUUGUUUGCUGGGAACAAAACCAUCGGCACAGUUGAUAAGAGCAAGAGAGAUUAAUAUUCAAAUGACUAUUAAAUAUUGCAGUAUUAAUUAUUGAUUUAUCUGUGCACAUCUUUUUUGUUUUUUUUGUUUUUUGCCCUUGUAAUUUUUGCUCUUCCCCUUGUAAUGGCAUCUCUGCAGAAGAGCUGGACAAUAAGGUUGUCCAGUAGAUGAAUUCCCCUAGAGCAGUCGGUCAAUCACAUGAAACUAUUACAACAAACAGCAACAAUGUCAAUUUCUGAUGUUAAAUUUACAGCCGACCAUUGGCUUGGUGUGUUCUGGGCUUAAGACCUUUUCUUCAUCAAGAUAUUUUUAUGGAAUCUGAGAGCUCUCUGACCCUCCAUAGACAGCAAUGAUAUUACCACAAUCAAUGCACAGAAACCUAGCAAGGACAUCAGUAAAAUAGUCCAUGUGACAUCAGGGGUUCAACCUUAAUUUUACAAAGCAACAAGAUUACUUCUUGUGUGCAAAGAAAACAAUAAUAACAUAAUUUAUUCAGCAAUUCUUCUCCCCGAGUUUCCGUCUUCAGCCAUUUUGGAGAGUACCCCACAACAUAAUCAACGUAAUGAGCGUUGUUUACAUUCAGUAUGCAUGUGCUGUCUACUGCAUGUAAACGGCGCUCAUUAUGUAAAAAAAUUUAAAUUAAAAAAAUUGUAUUAAAAUUAAAAUUCUUCAUGUAGCCAAAAAUACAUCCAAGAACCAAAUCAGAAUGGUAUUGAAAUUGUGAAUUGAAAUUUGAAUUGUAUUGGGACAUUUGUAUCUUAAUUUAGCCCUAAUAAAGAGAUUUUAAUUAAAAAUGAAACUUGCAAGUUACAAGAAUUUAUAAAAAAGCUUUUAAAAAUUGUCUUAAGAACCAUUCCUUCCUCCAUUCUACCACCCUGCGUCAAGCUGCGUUUAAAGCUGCGUUUUUGUGUAUAAGGGGAAAAAAAAGUGAAUGCAUUUUUUUUUUUUUUUUUUGUAAAGUUGAACUUAUUUAAACUUGAGUGUUGCAUUUUUAGAACGGCUUCAAAACACUGAGCACAACAUCAAAGACGUCGGUCUCGCGCUUGUUUACAUAGAAAAACAACGGAAAAGUAGCACAGCGAAAUUAAAAAUCACAUUUUAUGUGAACAGCCCCUUAUGAGUGUGGUGCAAUAGAUGUGGUUCAAUAGGUAGUAAAUGGCCUAAUUUGUUCAUCACCGACAGGGUCUUGUUGAAAUUUCCUGUUGACAUUUAAUCAGGGUCGUUUUGUUUUGUAGUGUUGUUUGAGCUUAUUCAUGUGUGCAUGUGCAGUAGGUAGUUGUGGAUGCUUUCUUUUGCAGGUGAAGAAAGCUAGAUGGAGAAAAACGUUCUUGCUGAGUUGCGCUUUGCUACUUCCUGUGUUUGGAGGCGUGUGGGUGUGUUGUAGUUUGUACGUGGACUUGGCAAUCUUCCGCUAUGUGUCUGUGGCUUCUUGAUUGCAGUGGCAGAGCGAAAGAAUGAGUUAGAAAGGAAAAGGGAGAGAUGGCAGACGAUCAGCUCUGUGGGCAGGGGUGAUUCACAGCUUACAGUAAAUGUGCGUGAUUCAGAAGGAGUCUCCUUUGAUUGGCAUGGCACAAAAAUGGGCUGGCUCAUGGACUGUUCUUCUCUCCUCCCAGAGUAUUGAUUGGCUCUUAUUUGUGGUCUGAAGGAGUCAUGUGUUCUUCUCAUCUCUGGAGUCCUAGUUAAGAGCAAGACCAGAGCCCUGUUCCAAUUUCUAGCAAACUUACUUCCUAGAUCAUAUUUUUAGGAAUCAUAGGCACUCAACGAAGACUCUUUUUUUGUAGUGAAGCAAAACCACACAAUCACAGUCAGUGUAGUCUGAUUGCGAACAAAUGACUCGUGUGGGCUCCUUUUAUAGUGAAUCAAAACAAUACAGUGUGACUAGUGUAGUCCAAUUCAUAAAUGAGUGAAUCUUUUGAGUCAGUUCUUUUUUUAGAAUCAACCACUUAUCGUACUGUGAGACCUAAAUCAGUAUAGUUACUGCCUGGUUGUUCACAUAGCAGUGUGUCAUUUAAAGAUACAGUUUUGUCAGUAAUAUUUAUGAAAAUAAUUGAAUAAAGUUACUACUUUUUUGUGUAGUGUUUUUGUUUAAUACAUAACCUAAUGAAAAACUAAAGUCAUCAAGAAAUCUGUAAAUAAAGACACCUUUUGAAGACGCCAUUUAUUUUUGUAAUUUCAUUAUUUAGUAAUGCAGUGACAUUUCUUUUUCCCUAAUAAUUGUUCCUCAAAGAACUACUAGCUGAUAAUGGAGCCGUUAAGGAAGUGGAAUCUUUAAAAUCCUUGUGAUUAGCAUCCCUAAGGGUUAGGGAUCAAUAAUAGCAUUAUUAUUUAAGAUGGCUUAUUUAUGUUAAAACGGCAUUGCAUGUACGGCAGUCCUAAAAUGCAUUUUGAUGGUUUUUAAAAAUCUACAUACACUUGCAUUUAUUUUCAUGCUUCCUUCUCUCUCUCUCUCUCUCUCACACUCCUUGUUGAGUUUGCCUUUGGGUAUGUUUUGAGCCGGCACGUGCACUGAGCUGUGGUUCCACUGGAUGUUACUUAACGUGCAUUGGAAGCCCAACGAGUAAUAAGAGCUCCCAGCUUUCUGUGUGAGUGUGUGUUUUUACAGGAAGCCGCUGGAAUGCAGCCGAAUGGCCCACAGCUCUGCUUUAAGCCAGCAGCAGCAACAGCACAGAGGCUGUAUUCAUUUAGCUUGUCUCUUUUCCCCCCGUCUUUCCUACAGUUGUCACAUGGAUAUCUAAUGUAAAACAGCCCAAGGGACAGAAACACUUUGCCUCCCAUCUUCAGAACCUGUAGGAGACGAUACUUUUUUACUUUUGCGUGGCCUGAUGACCCAUUUCCAUGCGUCUGUGUAUAUAUCAGAUUACAACUUAAAUUAAUGAUGAUGUGUGCUAUUUUCUAUGUGCUAUUUUGUGUCAUUCUUCUGUGUAAAAAUAGAGGAGAAUUCUAGAACAGCUAUACAUACUAUACUGUUCAAAAGUUUGGGGUCAGUAAGAAUUUUUAUGGAAAGUAUUAUGUUUAUUUAGCAAGGAUACAUUAAAUUGAUCAAAAGUGAUGGUGAAAAACAUUUAUAAUUUUUAAUGUUAAAAUGUUACAAUACAUACAAUAUUUUUUCAAAUAAAUUCUGUUCUUUUUCUCUUUUUUUCAGUAUCCUGAAAAAAGUGGUUUUCCACAAAAACUUUAGAAAGCACAACUGUUUUCAACAUUAAUAAUAAGAAAUGUGUCUUGAGCACCAAAUCAGCAUUUUCUAACAAUAGAUGAUUAUUAUUAGAAUGUCAAAACAACAUUUUAUGGCGAUUGGUUACAAUUAAAGUCAAGUCAAUUAAGGCCAGUCAGUUUUCUCAGUGGCCAUAUUUAUAAGCACAAACUUGCAGCUUGGCCAUGCAAGUGCAUGUGCGUUCAAAAUCUAAACAAACUGUAAGGCAGGAAUAUUGUCAUAUUGAGUGUUGUGAUUUCUUUCAUUCAUAAACGUAGCAGUGGAGCAUCUCCGUGUUAUAAAGUCUCUUAUCACAUCAUUUCUGUCCUUGUGGUGUGAUUCAUCAGACAGCAGUUUGCGUCAGCAGUAUUCAGUGUCUUUCAGUCCAGGGCAGCUCUCGGUAUGCCGGAUUGGAGUAUUAGAGGUUUUAGGGGGCAUCCUUUCAAACGGCUAGUCUGAGCAUAUCUGAAUACAGUUGUUAUUUUGCUGUUUGUUGAUGCUAGAGGCACAUGCAUUACACACUUCACCUAAGGUCUAGUGUAUUUGUUUCUGCAUGUCGUUUUGAGGUUUACAUUUCUCAGUAUGGCCAGCUGCUCUGUGGAGUGCAUUACAACUUCCAGGCCUGCUGUUGCAGGGGAAUUAUCAGCUCAUUAUGGGCCUGUUUGCCUCAGUGAGUCCUGUAUUCUCUUCCCCCGAGCCGCCAAACAGACCUGAGUGCUGGCACUGGUCCCAGCCACAAAAACUUUUACUCUUUCUCUUUUCCUGUCACACCCACACACACUUGCAUGCAUCCUAUCAACGCCAACACUGCUGUGACCAGGAAGUAAAGUUGACCGGGCUGAAAGGGAAUAAUAAUGAGGACUUCUCAAAGUACAAUGGCGUGAAGCCUCUCUCUUUUCCCAAAGUAAGAAAAAAAGAUUAGUUUCCUUCAAGCCAAAAUGGCUAACUUUCAUUUUCUUUGGUUUGCAGAUACAGGCAUUGAGAUCCAGAAAAUAGGAUUUGUCAGCAAACUAUAACAAUAACAUGCUCUAUUUAUGCUAUUUUUUAUCAAUUGUUGGGUUCUUAUGCCUGUUUUAGUUCUGCUAUCAUCUGUUGAAGUCGCCCCCUGCUGUCCAGUGCAGGUGGUGGCCCAGUGUCUGCCUGUUCCUGAUGUCACAUCCUGCCCUGAAUGAGUGGGAGCGUGGUGUAAUACUUCAAGACUGAUGGUUGUUGCAUAAGACCCUCAUGUAUGCUGGCUCCUCCCCGCAUUCUCCCACCAAGCGUCUUUGCAAUUGACAAACGGCAACAUCAGCAAAGUCCCCUGUUCUUCGCCCCAUGGUAACACUGCUGUUUAUUUGUACAUGAAUGCAUAUACAAACAUAGGCAGCAUAUGGUGCUGUUCUCUUGGAUAUAGUUUAGGCUUUUAUUCAUACAGGAUACGUUUUGUUUUUUUAAGUUGAAACAGUGAGGCGGAUUGCAGUGGUAAGAAAUAGAAAGCAGGGGUUGAGAGACUUGAGACUUAUGUCUGAAAAACUAGUAAAAUGCAUUGCAAUAUUUAACUCUGCAUUAUCAUAACUAAAUGUCUCCUAUUGUUAUUUUUAAAUCUUUUGAGAAAUAUAUAAUUAAAAGUUGAGCCAAAAGAGAAAGAGGUGCAGAUCUAAACAUUCCAAUGUAUUUAGCUGUGCUAAUCUUAAAUGUCUAAAAAGCAUUUGUUAAUUGAAAUUCAGCUGAAAUAAAAUAAGUGUUAUAUAAACAUAAAUGAAAUAAUUAGAAACGUUGCCUUGGCAACUAACUAAAAGCUUCUAAAUAACUGAAAUAAUAUGCUCUGAAAUUACUGAAAUAAAAAUAAGACACGUAAAAGAAAAAUUUAAAAACCAAAACUAAGGUAAAUGGAAAAAUGUUUCAAAGGCUUAUUAAAUUAAAACAAGCUUAAAAUAUAAAAAUACAAGCUAUUUUUUUAAUAUUAAAAACUAUAUAUAUAUAUGCGGUGUCAACAUUAAUGCAUGCGAUUAAUCAAACAAUUUUAACGCGUUAAUAUUUUUUUAACGCAAAAUAAUCGCUUGAUAAGGUUUGACCUCAACUUCUUCCCGUUAUCACAGUGCGGAAGGUUAUCUAUCAUUGUGUGAUAAGAGUACAGAGAACCAGUGUUGCCAGGGUAACGGCACAAGUGGGCGAUUUUGAAAAUACAGUCGCGGGAAAAAUUACAGAGCCGUGGUUUGCGGUUUUUUGGGCUACUUUUAUAAUGUACCGCGACCGCCCAAAGUGUAUAUAGACAAAUAAAAAUUAAAAUAGAUCCUUUUACUAAUGUGUAUUAUAUUUGGAAUGUGUCCCUGGUAACUUAAGAACAGAGAGGUGGUUGUAACAUCACAAACAAAGUGAGUUUCAGCAGAGCAUACAUGUUAAGGCUUUUACACAGCAGAAAUAAAUAUAAGAAAUUAUAUUAGAUAAACACACGAUUACGAUAGGAUAUAUCUGUAUGUGAUUAUUUUUUUUUUUUUUCAGGAAUGUGUACAUCUGAAAUGCUAAUUUGUGCAGCAUAUAAAAGGCUAUAAAUAGCAUAUUUUAACAACAGUAAACGACCAAAUUCCACACGUGAUCGCAAAAGGAAGUUAUUACAAACACUCGAUGGUGGUUUGAAGUGAGUUCUGAGUAAAAUUGUACUAUUAAUCUUAUAAAUUGUGUUAUGUAGCAUGAUGCUAAUAUUAGCUCUAAUGCAGCUGCAGAACAGGUUCAAUUCUUCUUCAUAAUGCAUUUUGUCAUAAUACUUUACGUAGGGUCGCAAAAAAUGUUUUGUUGUAUUUAUUUAGAAAUACUUUUGGUAAUAGUUGGGUAAAUGUAUACUGGGAUUGAAGCGAUGUGGCUUGGUAAACGUUUUAUUGCCAGUAUAAAGGCUGAUAAUGUCUGAAUAAAAACAAACAAAAGAAUAAGGAUUAUGUAUCAUACCUGGCGGAAGUAUGAAAGGUUCUGUUUCCUUAAACUAGUUUCAUGCAUUUCUUUUUCAACAUAUUUACAGGUAAAUCCUAGUAUUUUAAAUUUGUGAUUAAUCAUGAUUAAUCACAGUCCACGACUGUGAUUAACGCAAUUCAAUUUUUAAUCGAUUGACAGCACUAAUUAUAUACAGUAACGUUUCUAGGCAUAGGCAAGCUAGGCGGUCGCCUAGAGCGCAACCAGCUGAAGGGGGCGCCAAUGAGCGCAAUUACUGCCCCUACAUUUUAACAGGUUUGUGAACAAGAGUGGCACGGACACCCUGAAAUAUCAUUGCCGCCCCCACUGGAUCCCCCAACAUCAUUGGGCUAGAGCACUGUCAUUCUGAUGAUGCCUGUAUGCCAUUGGAUCAGAGCGCUGUCAAUUGCUGCCUCUGAUUGUUGCAUGCAAAGUUUGCAUUUGGAUUUGGAGCGCUCAACAAUGCCAUUAGAUCAAUGGGUUCUGUCCGUGUUUUGGCAAGGUAAGGCUUUUUUUGCCAUGCAAGUUCAAAGGCCAAUUUAAAAUAUUGGUACAUAAAAAGUGCACAAAAUCAGUAUUUUUAGGCAGUAUUUGUGGCAGUCAAGAAAUCAUGUUUCAUGUGAAACUGGUCUAAAAGGUGUGUGUUUUUGCGCCAAUGCAUUGUUAAAGGUUCAGUGUGUCGUGUAAUAUUCCCUUAUAAGACUUUUACAGCCAAUUUAAAAAUAUUGGUGUAGUAAAAUUCGCUAAUUCACAAGAUCAAUACAUAGGCUACUUUAUUAAACCGCUUUGUCAAAUUUAAUGCAUUCUGUCGAAAUGCUGAAUCAAUUCAUUAAAAAAAAAAAAAUCAUUUGCUUCCAACAGCGCUUAAAAGGAGAAGCGUCAUACAUAUAGAGGGCAGAGCGUCGCAUUAUUUAACACGUCAAUGAGUAAUAAAAGAACUACUAGCUGCAUUCAGAUUAUUUUUAUCACUGAUCAGGCUUUUAUAGGCCUAUGUAGUUUGGGGUAACAAAGGGUUUUAUAGGUUUGACUGAAAUAAUAAUGUAAUAACUGACACAACAACAACAAAACAACUGAAAAAAAAAAAACAGAUAUAGUCAAAAAGUAGCCAUUGAUAAUAUAAACGUAUCCAGAUGUAAAAACAAUUGUGUGAUGACAAUUUCUUAGCAACUAUAGGGUCAUUCAGAGCUAUUCUAUUACAUAGAGCUAUUCAGGCAUCCAGUGGCUAUAAUGGUAUAUCGCAGAUAAUAAACUGUGCAAAAUGUUUUAUCUUAACAGUCAAUUUACAAAUAGGCCUAAUGCGUUCAGAUUUGUGGAACUCACAAUGCGCUGAAUUUACACAAAUUAGUGACGUUACUAUGACAACCAAUUUGAAUGUGACAAGAAACUCUUGUCUGAAAAAGAAAUUUUAUAUAUAAUUAUAAUAGGGAUUUCGCCUGUGUGUGCAUAUGUGUGUGUGUAUAAUAUAUGCUUAUAGUUUUUAUAUAUAUAAUAUACAUAUAUAAUACUAAAACAACACUGGUUCAAAUUAGCGAUGGGCAUUUCAAGCAAAAAUAAUAUUUGAAGAUAGCUGGGAAUUAUUUGAUUAUUAUUUGAAAAUUGCUCCCCUGCAUGCACGCACACAGGUAUAGGCUAUACACCCAUAACAGAGAGGGACUGUGACCAUGCACACUUUUUUCAUUAGGGGAUAGGCUAUCUUAACUCAAGCCAUAUAAUGAUUGUAACAUGCUGAAACACAUCAAUAGCCUAUAAUAAACAUAACCGAAUGACAACUUGUUUACAUAAGUCUGUCGAUUUAGCAUAAAUCAACUGCUCAUGAGGCUAAGACAUUUCCAUUUAAAAAAAUGGAACCCCUAAAUGGAAUAAAUAGGAGAUGGGAGGAAAAAAUAUAGCCUAUUUCAAUACUUUCUCUCGCAAUUAUAUCGUUAGGUAAUUAUACUGUAUAUAAAUUGCGGGCAUCAGGGAGCCAUUAUUAAUAUGCAGGGCAAUGAAAUCUCUUUUGAAUACGCGCUUGCUUUACUUUCACUUUCGAGAUUCGCGACCACACGUACUGUGUGAAUACUAUGGAGCGGCAGUACUUGCCACACAUUUUACAAGAUUAGAUUUUUUUGAGUGGUGCUCAGGAUCUGCAAAUCAUUCAUUCAUUGUCAUCUCUGCUUACUCUGUUUAUGUGGUAAGUGAACUUUUAUGUACUGUAUUGUAACAGGCUACCGCUAGCAAGCGGCUAACCAUGUCUUUAGUGUCUCCGUAGAACGUACUAUUCGUUUUCCGUGCCUUCCGGAAUUCAGCACACCUCUAACCCAAUCAGGUGUGUUUGCUGUCCACACCGAACUCUUAUUUGACAUCGUUCCCAAGUUACCGUAACUACUAUAUGCCACGCAAGUCUACAGUGUGCGCAUGUGACAAUGUGUUCUUCUGUUGUCUUUGACAGUUUUAGGUUGGUAGCGCCACCCUCAGCUUACAUGAGUGCGUCACCACUGCAUCAGCACUGAAAACAUGGGGACAUUUUUUAGACAAUAAUUGCUCAACCUAUUCGAUAUUCAAUUAUUAAAUCAACUGAUCGAAUAUUCAAAAAUCGUGACCCAUCCCUAGUUCAAACAUGUUUAGUGCAUGUUUUUAUAGACCGAAAAUUGAAUAAUAGUGAAGAUGCCAUUUUUAUAAGACAUGAAUAGAGUAGUUUUAGGUAAUUUUAUUAUUGGGUGAAUUAUUACACACAUACACCCUUGAUAUGUUCAGUUGAAUUUGAGAUUAGCACAACUAACUUUUUAAUUGUAUAUUUCUCACAAUCUUUAAAAAUAACAAUGGUUGUAAAGGAUGUUCUUCAGUGUUUACAAGCAAAUUCUGCUGUUUUAGAUAGAAAUCUGAGUACAGUUGAUGUCGCUGUGUUCUUGGAUGUUUGUAGUGGUCAAUAUUCACUGGGCAUAAAUUGGUCCAGCAUUCGUCUGGACUAAUUUGUCUCCAACAAGGGAUGGUAAACUCCUUCGUGCUGCCUGUACAGUACUCUGGCACUCUGACUCUUAGGCUGAUGAUACACUGGGCAACUUUUUGAGCAACGUUGCCGGGCAACUCUUGUUAAUGUUGCCGUCAACGGGCAACCAGGUGAGGCACAGGGCCCACGACCGAUCUAAAGUAUCCAGAUAGAAAUUUGUUACCCAUUUCCAAGAAACAUUCCUCAAAAAAAAGUUGCCCCGUGUAUCUGCUGCCUUGGUACGAGUUACUACAGAAAGACACAAACGAAACCAACCAGUAACUGUUUAGGUAGUGAAACCCAAAGCCAGCAUUUAGAUUUACUUGUUUGAAGUUUUCAUAAAAGGGUCAUUUGCAGGCAAGGGAAUAAUCAAUAAUGAGGCUUUGAUUACAUCAUUGCAUAUUUGGCUGGAAAAAGCUGGCUUUGAGUUGGAGUAUAAUAAGAGUCUGUUCUCUUUGGACUUUGGUGUAUUGUGUGUAUGGGAGGCGCUGGGAUCAUUUGUAAACAAUGCCUUCCUUGAUGCCAAGAGCUAGUGUGCUUUCGUAAGUGUUCAUCUCGUUUUCGGUGUUUCUAUCUCUCCAGUACUGGAGCCAUCCCUUCUUUCCUGCCAGCAUGCAUGCUUUCCGGUCGUCUUUCUCUCUCCUCUGCAUCAUUAAAGCACGGGCACACUCUCCGCAGAUAUUUAGCCCUUGGCCACCUGCCCACCUCCAUGUGAGCCUCAUUUGGUGUGUUUAUCCUGUUUCCCAUUCAGCCAUUGAAGUGUUGUUUUCCUCUAAACUUGGGACCACACCUCUGGUAUGCAGAGCUUCAACUUUACACACCCACUGUACUUUUAAUAUUACAAGAAAACUGUAUCCUCAAAAUCAGCCAGUAUGACAGGGAGCUGUGUGUGUGUUUGUGUAUGCACAGUCCUUGCAGUGCAGCCUAUGCUCUGAGGCUGGCUUGCUUUUGUGCAUCUAUUCAGCUCACUCUAUUGUGAGCAGCGGUGCUAAUUGCAGCCUGAAUGGUCUCGGCUAAAUGUUUUGUGACAGUUUGAAAGCAUGAAAGAGAAGAGGGGCACACAAGAAAAGGAAUACCUCCUUUUUUUUUUUUUUUUUUCUUCCUCCCUCCUAAUGGCACAACGGAAUGCUCUUGGCUUUAACCUUCAACUCCCAUGCAACCCCGUUUCCCCUCCCUCACUAGAGAGUCUCCUCUCCGAAUCAGGAAUAGAGGUAGAUAUAAAUAAAGCCCGGGUGAGGGAAGAGAGAUCGGAUCCUGCCGAAGCUGUGUGGGAUGAACGGGGCGGUCGCUUGCGUUCUGAGCUGCAGCUCCUUGGCAGCAUUUCAAAUAUGAGCCUCAGAAGCCUCGCGAGCAGCAGACAUAUUGUAACAGGGAUGGCCAGCGCUCUGAACGCAGCUUAGCGCUUCUCUCAGGAUGGUCGGGCGACAUCUCUCUUCAGAGCUGCCCCCACAGAGUGGCCUGGCAGCCCAGUAUGAGAAUAUAUCCCCCAAUCGCAGUGCCACUACAGCCUCUACCAACAGCUGCAGCGGCUGGGAUCCACUGAUUAUUGACGAGCGCGAUACGGAGGCGUGGCCUUCCAUUUCAUGCAAAGAAAGCCACGCCCCUGCAGGAUGCCCUUUGGACACUGAAAGUAUCAGUGACAUCAGCAGCAUGAGCAUGGCCACAGGAGCUGGCCAGCAAGGCCAUUUCUCCGCCAAUCACCCCAGCAAAGCCAAUGCCAGCCACUCAGGAGGUCUACUCUCUAGUCAGGGUGGGGCCAGCAGAGGUUGGGGCUCUGGCCCAUCUCCUGCCAGUGGAGGAGAAGGGAAGAAUGAAGUCUCCAGCACAUCAGUGGGAGCCAGGGGUUGGGGCUCCUCUAACUUUAACUUGAACUUAAACCCCAACGCCAACCCCUCUGCCUGGCCAGUUCUGGGACAUGAAGGGACCGGCAUGGGUGGUGGCAGCUCUGGAGGAAGCAACCCUCCUCUUCCUAAUCUCUGUAGCCCACCAGGCACUCUGCCCAGUCAGGGCCCUAGCAGCAGUGGCAGUAUAGGUGGUGCCAAUGGAAAUUCUGCAGGUAAUGGUGGCAGUGGCAAUGGCAGCACCACAUGGGGUAGCAUUGUGCCCAGUGACUCCUCAGAGCCACACUCCACCCCAUCCACGAAUGUGUCUUUCAGCUCCGAACCUCAGAACCUUAACACUGAUGGACCAAAUCACACUAAGCAAGAGCCCAGAAGCCCUGGCCACAGCCUGCCUAACUGGGGGGUUGGACCUGCAGGCAUGGGCUCGUUUGUUAAAAACCAAGGAGGAGCCUCGCAGGUCAACGGGGAUGAAGAACCUGUUUGGGGUAAUGGAGAUGCCAAGUCUGGUAGUGGCUCAAAAGACUCUGGUUGGGACUCAGGGAGCAGCUGGGGACAAGGAGGGGCCUCGGGCACUUCUGGAUGGGGACAAGCUGCCUCAACUGGAGACUGGGGUAAGCAUUCCAACAGUGAGGCCAAAGGAUGGGAUUCCUCAGGCUCUCCCACCCAAGAGCAGCCACUCAACUCUUGGGCCCGUGGGGCCAAUGCCCCAGCCAGCGAGGGAAGCAGUGACAGCAUGGAAUGUCAUCCUCACAGGAGGGUCCGCUCAACAAGAGAUGAGGCUCCCCCUGUUCUGCCUGCCCAGGAUAUGGACCCUCGGGUUCUGUGUAACACAGGCUGGGGUCAAACACCAGUGCGUCAGCACACCGCUUGGGAGACCGAAGAAGCUGCACGCUCCAACUAUAAGAAUGACAUUGGAACUGAAGCUUGGGGCUCGUCCUCAAAUGCAGCCAAUGUAGGACCAACACCAACUUCUGGCAGUGCCAACCCAAACUCUGGCACUACAUCCAGACCUGACUCUGGGGGCAAGAAUGAGGGCCCCUGCCCCAGUACUGGAGCUUCACCUGGAUGGGGCACAGCCAUGCCAUCAUCCCAAGCUAGCUCUGGUUGGGCAGAUCCUACCAGCAACAAGAAACCUUCCAGUGGUCCUGGAAGUUGGGGCAGUAACCCAGCUGGAGGUCAAGGUGGCAACCUGCAGAAAAGUGGUCAGACUUGGGGUUCAGAUGAGAAGUCUCCUACAUGGGAAGACAGUCACGCUAAAGCCAAACCACAGGGCUGGACUGAGGUGCCCAAAACUUCUCAUGGAUGGGGCAAUGGACCUGGUGGAGAAAGCGGAUCUGGAGGAGAAUGGGGUGAACCUGGAGAUGGAAAGAAAAAUGGUCCCUCCAGCUCUACCUGGGAGGGAGAGGGUACCAGCUGGAACGAGAGCUCCAGAGGAUGGGGAAAGCCUGCUCCGGUAGUAGGAGGAAACUGGGGAGAUGCACAACACUCCAGUGUGCCAUCACAAGGAUGGAAUAACAAGCCCCAGGAGGGCACCAAUGGCAAUAGUGGCAGUGGAAGCAUGGGUUCUUGGGGAGGUCCUAACUCUGUAAAGCAGAGUGGCUCUGGAUGGGGAGGAGGAAAUGGUGGAGGUGCUAAACCUGACCACACUGGAGAGCCCACUGGAUGGGAGGAGCCCUCGCCACACUCCAUCCGACGUAAGAUGGAGAUCGAUGACGGUACCUCAGCUUGGGGUGACCCAAGCAGUUACAACAAGGCAGUCAAUCUCUGGGACAGGAAUAACCCUGGGAUGCAAGGCAAACCAGGACCUGGCAAUACCAACAAUGUACCCAACAACCACCAUCAUCAUCAUCCACAUCAUAACCAGCCUCCCAUGCAGACCCACAGCCAUGGAGGGCCAAAUUCAAACAAUAAUCACAUUUCCCCUGAUAACGCUGGCCCACAUCAAACAGGGCCAGCUCACAAUAGAACAACCCUUAUGAAUCCAGGAUGGGGCGAGAUGACAAAUGUCCAUUCAAAACCUGAGCCCUCAUGGGGAGAGACAGCCACCCCUGCAGCAAGUGUGGACAAUGGCACUUCAGCAUGGGGUAAACCCCCAAGUGGCUGGGGUGAUAAUGGCCCUGAGGUCUAUGGUCGAGGCAACGCACCUCCUGGAUCUGCCCCCUGCAAACCUGCCCCCAAAUCUAUGCAAGAUGGCUGGGGUGGUGGAGAGGACAUGGGCCUGUCUGCAGGGCAGUGGGAGCAGGAUGAGGGCGACAUGUGGAACAGCACUGCAUCUCAAGAGAGCAACUCCUCCUGCAGCUCCUGGGGUAACCCACCCAAAAAGGGCCCACCAAAGGGAAAAGUCCCAAACAAACAGGAUGAUACUUGGAUAAUGAAUCGUCUCAUCAAGCAGCUGACUGACAUGGGCUUCCCUAGAGACCCUGCAGAAGAGGCUCUCAAGAGCAACAACAUGAACUUGGAUCAGGCCAUGAGCGCCCUGUUGGAGAAGAAGACCGAACUAGAUAAACGGGGGAUGGGAAUCUCUGACUACAACAACGGCCUAGUCAGUAAACCAAUGGGCUGCAGGCCUUCAGUCAUCUCCAAAGAAUCCUCCUCAGAUCGUCCCCCCUUCUUGGACAAGGAUGCUGGGCUAGCAGAUGAUGCCCAAACCUCACCGUUUAUGCCUUCUCCGAGCCUGAAGCUCCCAUUGGGUAGUGCUGCACUCCCUGGCCAGAGCCUUGGAGUUGCGAUGCAGAACUUGAACAACAGACAGAUGCAGAGUGGAGUGUUUGGUAGUAGCGGAGCAGCACAAGCCCGGGCCCUGCAGCAGCAGCCUCCUCCCCAGCCGUCAGUGCCACCUCUCAACUCGUCCCAGCCUAGUCUACGCGCUCAAGUGCCUCAGUUUUUCAGCCCUCAGGUUCAAGCACAGCUUUUACAGUUUGCAGCAAAAAACAUUGGUCUCAACCCUGCACUUUUAACCUCACCAAUAAACCCUCAGCAUAUGACCCUGUUGAACCAACUUUAUCAGCUGCAACUGGCGUACCAGCGUUUACAAAUUCAGCAGCAGAUGUUGCAGGCACAGCGCAGUGUUUCUGGCCCCAUCCGACAGCAAGAGCAGCAAGUUGCACGUACAAUCAAUAACAUGCAGCAACAGAUCCAGCAGCACCAGCGGCAGCUGGCUCAGGCUCUGCUGAUAAAACAACAACAGCAGCAGCAGCCACCCACCUCACACCCGGGCCUGCAUCCCAGCGCAGGCAAAUCAGCUCUGGACUCGUUUCCAGCCCAUCCCCAGGCCUCCAGCCUCUCUGUUUCCGACCUUCAGACCAAAGAGCCACAGUCUUCUCCAAACUCCUUCUCACCCUACCCUAUUUCUGGAUUGAACCCUAACAUGAAUGUAAACUGCAUGGAUGUGGGUGGCCUGUCCAUUAAGGACUCUCCUCAGCCUCAGUCACGCCUGUCACAGUGGACACACCCAAACUCCAUGGAGAACCUCUCUGGCAACUCCUCUCCAAUGGAGGCCAACUUCAGCAAGCAUGGUGCCAUCUCUGCAGGCCCCAGUCUGGGUCCCCCAAGUAAACCCCCGCUUGAUGACUCCUACAGUCCCUACAAUCUGAUUCCCAGCUCCGAGUCUCCUGCCAGCCCCCUGGCACCUCAUGAUAGCUGGGGUCAGGGGAAGAACACCAAUGACAAGAUCUCCAAUGGGACCAAUGUUAACUGGCCUCCAGAGUUUUGUCCAGGAGUGCCCUGGAAAGGACUGCAGAAUAUUGACCCUGAGACUGACCCCAAUGUGACCCCAGGGAGCGUUCCCAGUGGGCCCACCAUCAAUACCAAUAUUCAGGAUGUGAACCGCUACCUGCUGAGAGACAGAAGUGGAGGUUCCACCCCAACUCCCUCACAGGGCGAGGCUCUGCCUCCCUCCAGCGAUUGGGCAGUCUCUAGCUCUUUCAGUCUGUCCUCCCCUGAGGCAGACAGCACAGGAAAGCUGUCUGACAUGAAGUCCACUUGGUCUUCGGGGCCCAUAUCGCACACCCAGGCUUCUCUCUCACACGAGCUUUGGAAAGUCCCACAAGGACCCCGAAACACAACGGCUCCGACACGGCCGCCUCCAGGCCUGACAAACACCAAGCCCUCGUCCACAUGGGGCGGAAACACCCUGGGCCUGGUGGCUGGCUGGAGCAGCUCCUACUCUUCAGUAGGUACCACAUGGAGUACAGACAGCUCCAGCAGGAGCACUAGCUGGUUGGUUCUGAGAAACCUCACUCCACAGAUUGAUGGUUCAACACUGCGGACACUGUGCAUGCAACACGGCCCGCUCAUCACAUUCCAUCUCAACCUGACACAGGGCAACGCCGUGGUGCGCUACAGUUCUAAAGAGGAGGCUGCCAAAGCCCAAAAAUCCCUACACAUGUGUGUUCUGGGAAACACCACUAUACUGGCAGAGUUUGCUGGAGAAGAGGAGGUGAACCGCUUCUUUGCACAGGGUCAGUCCCUCACGCCCACCACCAGCUGGCAGGCCAACCCCGGCACCAAUCAAACACGGCUGGGGGGCGGAGGGACGGCGGCCACACACCCCAUCGGCCACUGGAACAGCAGCAGUCUGGGAGGAGGAGGAGCGGGCGGGACGGGGUCCGGCAGUAAGGCGAGCAACGAGCUGCUGUGGGGGGGUGUACCGCAGUACUCCAGCCUGUGGGGGCCGCCCAGCGCCGAGGAUGGCCGAGUGGUGGGCAGCCCCACCCAAAUCAAUACGCUGCUUCCUGGAGACCUGCUGAGCGGAGAGUCCAUGUGAGAGCGCCAAGCGCUCGAACCCCCGAACCGCAGCGAAAUAUGAAACUUAACGAGCAAAAACCAAGCAAAUCAUUUGGCGAUAAUCAACGUCAGUGGAACUGUGAAAAACCAAGAGACAGGAGGCUGAGGCCACACUUGCAAAGAGGCUGCUGACCUUCUUCCUCUACUUUUUUGUUUUGUUUUGCGUCUCUUCAUCUGUGUUAUUUUGAGCAUUAGGCUUGGGUUACAGUAUUCUAUAGACUUCUUACGAAGAACCGUAACUAAAAGAGAAGUGAACCUUUACCGAGACUUUUCUCUAAUAACUGAUACCAGUGUGAAAGUGUAUUUUACUACAAACCGACGAGACAAGCUGCCAUUUUUUUAAAUUCCUCUGGCACGAGCACAUCCUGUCAGCCCAAUCACAGCAUAUCGCCCUCCCCCCGAACAAAACGUGCGUCAUUCCAAACCGACUUCCCCUACUCCCUGUCUUUUAGACUGGAUCCAUGGCUUUUUUCAGUUGUCCUUGGGAUUGUUUGAAUUAACAGCACUAAACUUUAGCCUUAACUGCUGAUCAGUCCCACUCCAUUUGUACUCUGAAGAAACUCAUCUUGAGAAUUGCACAUUUUCUCAUUUCUGAGCCAGGAAACUGUCAUGGUUUCGAUCUCAGCCGCAACGUACGUGCAUUCGUCCUUCCUGUUUGACCCCUCUGCACAUUUGAGGCAUUUAUUCUUAAGCUGAGAGGACACGUGGACAGCUGAGGAAUAUAUUUAACCACUGCUCACAAAAAACUGUACAGGAAACACUUUUUCAGAUGGACUACUUUCUUUUCUCUCUUUCAUUUUUCUAAACGACCUCGGUCUCGCUCUCAAAAAAACAAACAUAACCCCUCAAUGUCGUUUGUCUGAAGUGCAAUAUAUGCCACAGACUCUUCCGUCCAUCUUUACGCAGUGCUUUUUUUUGCCGGUGAAACGGUAGGAGCUCGCCUGGGGACGGGGGGGGAAUCAAAGACUCAUCUCCUGCCGUGUCCACCAAGCGUGGAACUGAACAGAAGAGGACUCUCUCAGUGUGUAAGCCCAUGGUGAUGAAACAUUCACAAGCACUUCCUCUACACACUCAAGGACAAGUGUGACUACAGGGGCAACAGGGGCUUCAAACCAAAUAAGAGGUGUUUCUUGUAACCCAGUAGACAAAGUGCAUUUUUUUUCGUUGUUGUAUUUGGUACAAAAGUAUGGAACAAAGAAGGCAUGGUUUCUUCAUAGCACUUAGCAAGAGCGUCAAGCUCCGACUUCAAUGCCAACAAAUUACACAUGGACGUGUGAAACUGACAAAAAGCAACGAUGAAAAGCAAUCUACCGAACUUCUCCUCCAUACUCUAAACGGAUUUUGCCGUUUCUUUUCUUCUUCAUCCUCAUCUUUCCACGGCCUUUCGACUUUGAAGUCAGACAUUUCGAAAAUGGUAGCAAAAUGAAGGGAUGUCUGAUGAGGAAGAAAAAAAAACAAAAAAAAAACACCACCACAAGACUGAAGCGUUCGUGUUUUUUUGUUGUUUUUUCUUCCUUUUGUUUUUUCUUUAAGAUGAUAUAUAUCAAAGUAAAUAUCACUGUUACAGUACUCCAAAAUCAUUAGCCUUUUUGUCUGGAGAUGCUAGACGUGUUGUAAUGUUUCUAAUGGAUUCUGUGGGGCCCCUUGCCCUGGCGGCCCCGCCUACCUGUAUGAUAAGUGUGGCCAUUGAGUGCCUAUCUGCUGUGGCGCCUCAGGUGCCCACACUCUGACUUUUGACCCGCUGUGCCAGGCCGGCGCACCAGAUGCCAGAACGGACCCGCCUGGGGCCGGAGCAGUGGCUCCUUCAGACCUGGCCAAUCAGUACGUACUACUACUGCGCCAGCACUCGACCUCGUCUCAACUUCACUCUCAUAGACUCUCUUUCUCCCUCUCAUGCAAAGAUCACUUUAGCUGGAAGUGGACAGGUUCGUUUUAUGUACUUUUUACGAUCGAUUGGGUUUUUCCCUUCUGGAAUUGCCAGUGUUGUUUUUGUUUUUUUUUGUUUUUUGGUCAACAUUGCUGUUGUUAUCGUCGUUGCUGUUGUUGAUGUUAUAUCGUUAUUUUGCGCUUUUUCGGUUUAUGUGUGUGUCAAUGCAGUGGUCUCUAUGGUAGCUGCUCUCACCAGCCCCUCUUGCUGCGUAUAUGCAGAAACACUCUGAUUAAGAGGCACACCUCAGCGUAAACGGCGGCGCCGAUUGAUCCGGAAUCACUCGUAGUGAUGGAAAUGGGUUGUUUUGAGGACAGAGCGCACGUAGUGGCGAAACGAAGUGUAGGUCGAUGGUGCUCAGUUUGUCUUCUGCCUCUCCUCUGCACUUUCCUCCGCUCCGGUGUCGCAGCCCCGCCAGGCCACACACUCACACUGGUGCUUACGACAAAGGGCAGGCAGAGUACACUACUUUACCUGGUCGCCUCUUCUCACAGUAAUAAAAGCAAAUGAUAACGGAGACUCUGUUCUCCACUUCUAUGCAAAGACCGACCGAGAGGUGCAGUUCACGGCCUUCAAUCUGUAGUUCUCUCCAAGCCCACUCUUCAGCUCACCAGGUGAUUGUGAGAAGGCAGCUUCCUUACGGUGUGGCCUAAAGUAAGAAACCGGCCCGAUGACCAGGCCCUCACUGUUUACUCUCUGAAUGAUCUCUUACAUUAUGUACAUGCAGUCUCAGGGCAGCCUCAGAGAACCCCAAACUGUUUUAUCGUUACGAGGAGGGCGCUAUUGCAUUAUCCGAUGUGGCUUUAAAGAUGCUAAAUGGGUGGGCGAGUGGACUCGGAGAAGGAUUCGCAGGAAGUCCCUCUGUUUUUUUGUUUUUUUUCUAGAUUCUAAUGUACCUAUUCUCAAUCGUAGACCAUGAAUCUAUCAGAGUGGAGCAACUUCUUUCUUGAAAUUUGUUUGGAUGUUUGGUUUUGAAAAGAGCACAUGGAGAUGGAGAGGUAGAAUGCAGGUUGGCACCAAGACAGACGGGUAGCACCUUGUCCCGGGUAUCAAAUAUAUACGUCUGGGAGGACUGCUGAGAAUUAAACAGGGAAUCCAGAAUGUUUAGGUGCACUGUAGAUGGUUCACAUUUGGGUACAUCUUUUCUUUUUUUUUAAAAACCAAAAAAAGGUUUUUGUCUGAUUAUUAUUAUUAUUAAUAUUGUUGAAAAAGGAAACUUUAAUUCUGUACACUCUUGACUGAAGUGCUUCUCUCUACAAGCCUUUGACGCCCUGAAGUGGCGGACAGAUGACUCUGGGGUUGCUGUAUUGAUGGUAUUAAAUUCUGUCCUGACCCAAUAGUAGGGCAAUGGUGCAGAUUGUUUUUUAUUUUAUUUUGUUUAUUUUUUUUUAAACAGGUCCAGGUCCGUGUGGACCUUUUGUAUCAGGAGGCCUGGGGCACAUGCCAGUUGAUACCAAGUCUUAAAAGGGGAAAAUACCUUUCUGGAAGAUUUUUUUUUUUUUUUCCACACUCGAGUGACACUAGCAACAAUCACUAUUGCCUGUUUUUGAAGAUAUAUAUAUUUUUAACUGCCUUUCUCUAAGCUGUACUCGAGACCACGAAAAACAAACGUCCAAAAACGUGUUUAAAAUCCAGAGGAUUGCCUGGCAGACUAGCUAGCUAGCCAACAAGUGCCCACUGUGUCCUCCACUGUGGGCAUAUACUGGGUCUUAUCGAUAGGACUAAUGUACCCCAGCUCAGAUGCAACUUUGUUUAGAUAAAAAGGCUGCUUCGAUCGUACAAAAUAACAGGGCCUGGGUGGAGAUGAGCUCUAAGAAACACAAAUCCUCUUUCUUAGGGUCCUGGCUAGAAUAUGCACAUGCUGGUUGAUAUACAUGUACAUCUGAAAUCCUGUGUAUGUAUAUAACUGGUUGUCUUUUUUUGUUUAUUUACCUUUACUUUGGUUUUCAGGCCUGAGUAACCCCCUGUUUCCUUCUCUCCAUAAAUUUACCUAGAUGAUAAAGCAUAAACAUAUCAAAAUUAUACAAAUUAAAAAACACAAAUACUUGAAUCAUAAGAAGCGCCAAUAAUGUAAUGUGAAAAUUUUUUUGUAAUUUUGUCAUUCAUACACUUCCAAGCUUUUUGAUAACAUCAGUUCAAACUGAACGAAAAAAAAAAAAACUUAGUUAAAAAAAACAAUAAAAACAAAAAAACAAAACAAAAAAAAAAACAACGCAAAGUGACAUCGGUUGUAUGUGAGUGUUUGCACAAGAUUGCGUGUACUGUAUGACGGAUGAAUGCGUUCAUUUGCCAGUGUGAGUGGGUUCAAACCAAUGUAUGCUAGUGAUUACAGUGGAUUUGUUUGCGCCUUUGUUUCAUUUUAAGCAUCUUAGAGUUUUUUUUUUUUUUUUCGUUUGUUGGCUAGUCAAAAAUAUAUUCGUAUGUGUAUUGUUAUCGUAUUUGUUAUUAGCUUUGUUAUUAGAGUUGCACUGAGUGUCUGCUUCCCCUCAUUCAGCUAAUUGUACAACAUGAUAUUAAAGUACUAAGGGGACAAGGUGACAAUUCAUGUGUUAAUGUUUACUCAAGGACUUAUUGAGAAAAAUAACAAGUGUGUUUUUUUUUCUUUUCUAUCUGUAAUACGAUUAUCUACCUUAUAGUGGCUUUUAUUGUGGAAUAAUCCAUGAUAAAGAAAUGGAUUAUUUUGAGUAUUGCACCAUUUUGUUUUUCAGAUUAUAAACAGAAAAAAUGCAAAAUACUAACAAAAAAAAAAGUAUAUAAAUAUAAAAUGUGGGGAUUUUUUUUUUCUCGAAGAACUGUGGCCAUAGAUCGAUGUAGAGGGACUUGUAACUCCCCAUGUUACACCAUGAUGAGCUGGAUAGACAUCUGGAGAAGAGUUUCUUACAAGACUCAUUUCAGAGGUGCCUACCUUUCUGGGUUUUUUUUGUUUGUUUGUUUUUUUGGUCGUUAAUGUUCAUACCUGUUCUAGUUUUUUUGUGCAAGGCCACAAACAGUUUACAAGCAUUUCAUGUUUUUCUGAAGUUCAAGGAAAAGAAAUUUUGCGGUGGGAUUGUUAUGAGAAGAGAAAAAUCUUAAAGGACAUAUACUUCCAUCAAAUGAAUAACAAAAACACUUUACAGAAUGAAGAUUAUUGUGCUACUUGCAGAACUCUGGGAUUGAUCAGUGUUGUCAUGUUUUUGUUUUUGCUUUUGUUUUAUUUAUGUUGGCUAUGUUACUUUCAUAGAUUAUCAAAGCCUGUAUUUUUUUUUUUUUUUCAAAGCAAAAAAACAUUUCCUUUGUUGAAAAAAAAAAAGAGAAAAGAAGAAGACAUAAAUGUUCACUAUCUUGCACACACAAAAAGUGGAUCAUGUCUCAGGAAGGCAAGGGUUCCAGAGUACCAACUCCACGCCAUUUAAUGUUCGUUUUUAGAGAAAGAGGAUAACAGAAAAAAAAAAAGAAAAAAAAACAUAAGCACUGAAGGUUAUGGAUUUCAGAAGAAGAAAAUACCUUUGUUUCUAAAUCCGUAGCAGUUACAUAUUUACCAAAUAAUGAACUCUUAAUGAACUUUAAAAAAUGGAGUGCUUUAUAUAUAAAUCUAUAUAUUGAAAUUGCUUUACAUUUUAAACAAAAUGAUCAAUGAUUUUGAUUGUUCAAAAGACGGUGAAAGAACAUACAAAUGCUGUAUGUUUGAAUCUUUAUUGUAUUUUCUUAACAUGAGGUCCCUUCCUGUUGAAAUCAGGACCAUUGUGCAUUACUAUUUCUUUCCUCUUUGUCAUUCUGUCUCUUGUGGCGGGUAUUACAUAAUGAGAAAUUAAAAAGAGGGGUUGGGGGGGCAGGGCUUCUGUAUCAAAUUGAUCUAUUUCGAGAGGAAAAAAAGCUGGUUUAUACGGAUCAUGAUCUAUGCACAAGGGGGUGGGCUUCUUAAAGCCUCUGUGACCCAUCUCUCAUUGGGAUUAGAGGGAUUCUUUCUGUGUCUUUUUAUUGUGCUCAUUUGCUCUGUUGUCUCCCUCCCCCACCGACCCCAUCUUAUUUCCCAUUAUCAUGUUUCUUACAUACAGUACAUCGCCAUGCUGUGUAUUCCUAAACCAAUGAACGUCUCAUUCUGAAGCACUGUGGGGGUUUUUUUGUAGCCCAUGACUUUCAAGGUUGUCUGUGUUCUGCGUGUGAGCGUGCGUGUGUGUGUGCGUGCGUGUGUGUGUGUGUGCGUGUGUGUGUGUGCGAGCGACCGAGUGUGUUUCUGGGAUGAGUGUGGAUGGAGAUACUGAGUUGCUUUUGCCUUUUGAUUUUAAAUGUUAAGGAAUAUGUCUGUACUGAGAUUUUAAGAAGUCAGUGGCUUUUAAUGUUUUUGUUUUCUCUCUCUUUCUCUCUCUUUUUCUCUCCUCAUAGAAUGUGAUUGUUGACAUGCACCGAAAAAAAAAAAAGUUUUGAACUAUGGAGCUUCUUUCAAAUUCAAUUAAUAAAUUGCAUUUUUGUUCUUGGCUGUAA